UGGGAUGGUUUUUCUCUGGCCUCCAGCCUCCGACCGGCCCCGACCCCUAAGGCACUCGUCAUCCCCUUGAUCCAGCGCAACCAAUGGAAGAAGCCGGAGACGGCCCCUGUGGGGGCCCUGGACCAGCAGAGGGAUGACAGUGUGGAGUCCCAGGCCGUGAGGGAGAUCAUAGAGGAGUGCCGGCAGUCCCAGGAGCGGUGGGAGAGCGGCACCAAGGCUGACCCCAACUUGGCCAUCCCCCUGCUCCUGCAGAACCGCGUCCCUGACGGGUACGAGGACAGCGACCGGGUGGACGUGAGCCUGCGGCCAGAAUCAUCGACGGAGGCAGAUUACGAGGUGGUGCCCGUGGAGGCCUAUGGUGUUGCUAUGCUGAGGGGCAUGGGCUGGAAGGCAGGCGAGGGCAUCGGACGCACCUUCAAGCAGGAUGUGAAGCCCCUGGAGCACCAGCUGCGCCCAAGGGGGCUGGGCCUGGGAGCUGACCGCUCGGCCAUCCAGGACCUGCAGCCGGCCCGCCCCCCGCGGCCCCCCAAGCCGGGCGAAGAGCGCCGGGGGGGCGAGGAGAAGCUGCUGGGGCUGGUGGCAGGGGGCGCCGUGCUGAUCGUGGCUGGGCCCCACAAAGACCUCUAUGGGAAGAUCGAAGGUGUAGAUCCCGAUAACGCCCGGGUGAUGGUGAAAUUGGCCAUCGGGGAUAAGAUUGUCACCAUCAGCCAGCACAGCCUGCAACCUGUGACCCGGAAGGAGUAUGAGAAACUAGCCAAGGAUCUGAGCCGCUUAAGCAAAGCCCACAAAGAAAAAGAAGAGAAGCAGAGAAAUGGACCCACCGACGCCCCGGACGCCAGGGUCCCCCGAGAGAAGGGGGAAGAGAAGGACAGAAAGAGGAAACAGCCAGCAGAUUCGGAGAGUGACGCCCGCCCCGGGAAGCAGAGUAAAGGUAGCAGUAGCGGCUCUUUGUCCUCCCACUCUCCCCACUGGCUGCGGCGAGAUCUGCGGGUUCGCUUUGUGGACAAGCUCUACAAGGGUGGAAAAUACUAUAACACCAAGAUGCUGAUCGAGGACGUGCUGAGCCCAGAUACUUGUGUCUGCCGGACAGAGGAGGGACAGGUCUUGGAUGGCAUCCGGGAGGCCAUGCUGGAGACGGUCAUCCCCAGGGGUGCUGCGGACUGGGUGCUAGUGGUGCUGGGGGAGCACGCCGGCAGGGUGGGCCGGAUCCUGCAGCGCGAUCAGCAGCAGAGCCGGGCGCUGGUGCAGCUACAGCGUGAUGAGGAUGGGGACGUCCUGGCGCUAGACUACGAUGCUGUCUGCCACUACGUGGGGGGCACCGAGGAUGACUGAGCCCCCUUCCCCCCCCAUUCUGCUGGACUUGGGAUGGGGGCACAUCCUCUCUAGGGAGUGGCAGGAUGUGGAUGGAGUCCGGCAGAGGGGGAACAUGGCUGCCAUGGCUGGGGCUGAGUUCUAGAACAACUGUGGGUUCUGGAGCAGGAGCAGCAAGAUCUAGAACGUGACCAGGCUUGGGCGCUAGAGUGAGGCUUCGACUAGACUGAGAGUGAGUUCUAGAUUGAGAUGAAUGGUGGGUUCGGGACCAGAGAAGAUGGGUUUGGGGAUGGUUUUUAAAUAGGCUCUAGAGCCAGCCCAGUGUUCAGAGCACACGUGGCUUUGGGGUCUCAAGGAAGCCUCAACGUGGGUUCUGGAGUGAAUCCAACCUGUUCUAGAGUGAACUUUUCUGUGAGACAUGGAGUAUGCAUAGUGGGUUCUAGUGCAAGGUUUUAAAACGGUCUAGGGUGGGGUUCAAAUUGGAUCCAGAGCGCCACUGGCAUGACCCUGUAAAGUGGGUUCUGGAGCCUAAUGGGCUCUAGAGCCAGAGUAGAUGUGGGCCCGGAAGGU